GCGCUCUAUAUAUUUCCACUUGGUAGUGAAUUGCUGAUUAAAACAUGAAUACAUGAUUCCACCUUUGAUUUCCUAUUUUCCGAAACUCAAAUUUCAAGCGAUCUCAACGCUUUGAAGUGCCUGUAGGAAUGCCUCUGUAGCCUUUCUCUUUUCACAUCUCCUUUAGUCUUUUAUAAAGCCUUCUGUUAUAUUCAUAUCAAAAAGAAAAAAGAAAAAAAAAAUACCUUCUUUUGGAACAGACGAUCAGGACUUCUAUGGUUGGCUGUUGUCUUCGGCUUGGUUAAGGAUUAAUUACAACAUGUGAUACAUCCUGGUUGAAGUGGAGCAUAAAGAUGUAGCAAACCAAGAUCAUCAAGAUAAAGGAUGAAAUAGAAGCAUGUCGAUCCCCUUUGUACCUGACUUUUUGCAAGAACGUGCAUUCGAUGCAGUAUCUACUUUCUUAACAACGCAACUAGGCUACGUGUGGGAUUACGAGAAAAGAUUCGUCGAUGUAAGCAAAGCUGUAGAGGCUCUCAAGAAUGAUAGAGAUGGAGUGCGUGAUAAAGCCGAAGAAGAUGAAGGACGGUAUGGGAGAGCAAUAUAUGAUAAUGUUGUAGAAUGGCUGGCUCGUGUGGAUGCAAUUGUUGCUGAAUAUGAAAAAUUCAAACAAGAACAUGAUAAGAAUGGAGAGUAUGCACUUGCUUUUCCAUUUCAAAAUCUAGACAUAAGAUAUCAUCGCAGCAAAAAAGCAAAAGAUAUCAAAGAAAGGGUUGAAGAAUUGCAAAAUGAGAAGCAUGAUAGUAUAUCUCGUUGGCAGGGCCCGCCUUCUUCAAUGGGUUAUGCGCUUCCUUCUGUUGAAUAUGAAGAGCUUGAUUCAAGAAAACAAAAUAUGGAAGAUGUUAAAAAAGCCUUGGAAGAUUCGAGUGCUACAAUGGUUGGUGUUCAUGGCCUAGCUGGUAUGGGAAAGACUACUUUGGUCAUAAAAGCUAUUAACACACUUCAAAAUCGAGAACCUAAGUUAUUUGAUAUGGUGAUUAUGGCAAAUGUGGGCAAAAAUCCAGACAUCAGAAAAAUUCAAGGGCAGAUUGCUGACAUGCUCGGGAUGACAUUGCAAGAGGAGAGUGAGUAUGCGAGGGCUAUUCGCAUAAGAGAGAAAUUGAAGAAAGGAAAAAACACCCUUAUUAUUCUAGAUGAUUUGUAUGCAAAAGUGGACUUGGAUAUGUUGGGAAUUUUAUCAGAGAGUGGCGAUGAGAAAAAGAAGAAUCUCAUUCUCAAAGAAGGAAUAAAAUCUUCCAAUCCUUCUGGGGCAGCUCAAACUAAGACAGAAACAAAGAAUGUUGCUGGUGCUGGACAAAAUUUGACAAGAAAAAAUUCAGGAAUAGAUGGUGCUGGACAAAAUUUGACAAGACAAAAAUCAGGAAUAGAUGCUAACAGGACGAGAACAGAGAAAAAAGUUGACGAUACCUCUAGUGGUUCUAGUAAAGUAGGAAAAGCAGUACAGGAGCAUCACAAAGGGUGCAAGGUUUUGCUAAUUUCUGAGGCAAAACGAGUGUUGAGCCAAAUGGAUGUGAAGGCAAAUUUAAUUAUCUCUAUGGAUAUCAUAAACUCUGAUGACGCCAAAAAAUUGUUCAAAAAAAAGGUGGGAAUAACAGACGACAAAAACUCUGAUCUUGAACCGUUAGCCAUUGACAUUGCCAAGAAGUGUCAUGGAUUGCCCAUGUCAAUAGUUACAACCGCUAAGGCAUUGAAAAAUCAAAGUCGCUCAGUUUGGGAGGAGACCCUUAAAACGCUUGAAAGGCAAAAACUUACAGGAACACCGGAGUAUUCUACAAAGUUGAGUUAUCAACUUUUAGAAAAUGAGGAGCUAAAGCUUAUCUUCUUGCUUUGUGCUUGUAUGGGUCAAGAUGCAUUUGUUUCAGACUUAGUGAGACUAUGCAUUGGUUUGGGUUUUCUUGAAGGCAUCUACACAGUAAGAGAAGCCAGAGAUAAAGUGCAAAUGUUGCUUAUGCAUUUAAAAGAGUCAGGUUUAUUGUCUAACAGUUAUUCAAACGAUCGUUUUACCAUGCAAAACCUUGUUCGCAAUGCAGCUUUGUUAAUAGCAUCGGAGGAAAAAGAUGUGUUUGUAUUGACGAAAAGAAAGCUAGAUGAAUGGCCUGACGAUGAUAAACUUAAAAGGUACACUGCUAUCUUCUUGCAUCAUUGUGAUGUCAAUACCGAGGAGUUUCCUCAAAGUGUAAAAUGUCCUAAACUCAAAGUCUUUCAUUUCCACAAUAACCAUCAACACUUCAAAAUACCAAAAGACUUCUUCCAAGAAAUGAAAGAACUUAGAGUGUUGGUUCUGAUUGGCAUUGAUCUCUCUGCACUGUCUUCAUCAAUGAAAUGCCUAACAAAACUCAGAAAGCUUUGUUUGGAGCAAUGCAUUAACCUAGAUGAGGAAUUAUGCAUCAAUAUUGGCAAGUUGAUGAAGAAUCUAAGAAUUCUAAGCUUUUCUGGAUCUGAUAUUAAAAGCUUGCCUAUUGAAUUGAAGCAUUUAUCAAAGCUACAAAUUCUUGACUUAAGUAAUUGCUCCGAGUUAAAAAAAAUUCCUCCACUUCUAAUAUCAAGCCUCACUGGUUUGGAGGAGCUGUACAUGAGAAACACUUCGGUUGAAUGGAGAAUUGAUAACAGACAGAACAACAAAAACAAAAAUGCCAGUCUUUCAGAGUUGGGACAUCUAAAUCAAAUAACAAAUGUUGACUUACAAAUCCCAAGUGUUGCCCAUUUGCCAAAAAACUUGUUCUUUGAUAAGCUGUACAGCUACAAAAUUGUGAUCGGCUCGUCAAGCACACAUUUGGAGCCAGAUUUCAAGAUGCCGGAGAAGUAUGAACUGCUGAGGUAUUUGGCAAUACAGGAGAAAGGCGGUGCCUUUGACAUUCAUUCUCAGAAAGGGAUCAAAAUGUUGUUUGAAAGAGUUGAGAAUUUGUUGCUUGAAGAACUCAAUGGUGUCCAAGACAUCUUUUAUGCACUGAAUUUGAAAGGAUUUCCAUGUCUGAAGACUUUGUCCAUUGCAAGUAGUUCUGGCAUUCGAUCUCUGAUUAAGCCGCAGGAGAGGAAGCAUCCAGAGAAUGCUUUUCCAAAACUGGAGACGUUGCACCUCUAUAAGCUUAAUAACAUGGAGCAACUAUGCUUUUGUGAGUUACUUUCACCAUCCUCAUUUCGUAAACUAAAAGUGGUCAAGAUUAAGCUCUGUGGUCUCUUAAAGAACGUCUUCCUAAUUUCUAUGGUCAAGCUUCUGGUUGUUCUUGAAACAAUUGAAGUUUCAGAGUGUAACUCUCUAAAGGAGAUUGUCUGUGUGGAAAAGAACGCAUCUGAGAACCUUGUGUUUCAAGAAUUGCGCACUUUGACUUUAAAAUCAUUACCUGAGUUCCAUGGAUUCUAUCGGAUUUCAUCUACAGAGCAACACAAGAUAUUAUUCGACCAACAAGUUGGAUUCUCAAAAUUAGAGAGAUUGGAGUUGUCGUCCAUCCAAAUCCACCAAAUAUGGAACGGUCAAAAUCCUCCUUUUGCAAAAUUGGUACACUUGGAGGUGAAUGGAUGUGGUAACUUAGAAAAUUUGUUGUCAUUAUCUAUGGCAAGAAAUAUGCUGAAUCUCCAAAGCAUUUCUGUCAGCGAAUGUGACAAGAUGAGAUAUAUAUUUUUCAAAGAGCAAGGCAGCAGUGAUACUAGAAAAAAGCAGGUUACCAUCUUUCCAAAUUUGAAGAAUAUUAAAGUUAGUAGCAUGAAGACUUUGAGUGGGAUAUGUAAUGGUUUUGAAUUCCCAAUAGAUUCCUUUGUCAAGUUGGAGACCCUCGUCAUUGAUGAUUGUGAUAAAUUGGGCUAUGUUUUCACUUCUCAUGUGGGAAUAUUUCAGCACGUGAGCAACUUAAGGGUUACUAAUUGCAAGUCAAUCAAAGCUAUAUUUGACCCAGCUUGGGAAAAUAAGCCAGCAUCUUCUAAGGAUGCAACAACCAACUUGCAAGAUGUUCAUUUAGAGUCACUUCCAAAAUUAGAGCAUGUGUUCAAGUUCAACAGGAAGAAAAACCAGCUGGAUGGGAUUCUUAGCUUAAACAAUUUGCAUAAGAUAUGGGUUCAGGAUUGUGAAAGGUUGGAAAACAUAUUUUCAGUUCCUGUCGCCAAAACACUUGAAAAUAAUCUUGAAGACCUUAUGGUGUCGGAUUGCUCUCAAUUGAGGGAAAUUGUUUUCAAGGAAGAAGACGUCGACAGGAAAAUAAGUAGUCUUACUGCAUUUAACUUUCUAAAACUGGCAACCAUCAAAUUUUUGAGACUACCAAAAUUCAAGAGUUUCUAUCCAGGAACUGAAGAAAUAAAAUUUCCAGCACUGAACAACUUGUCUAUUGAAGAAUGUGAAAAAUUGGAACCAUUCAGAGAAGAAAUUAUAGAUGCACAAACAAAGCCUAUCCUCUUUCCUGAAAUGGUAAUCAACAAUUUGAAGUCAAUUCAAAUUGAGUCGAGACAUGCAACGUCAUCGACUAACUAUGAUUAUCGAAGGGACAAUCUAGAAGAGCUUCACUUAUCUAAAUUGAAGGAUACUAAAAUUCUAUAUUCUUUCCUUCAUAGCAAUCCUAAUAUGAAGAAUCUAUGGUUGAAUGAUUGUUCUUUUGAAGAACUGGUGCCACUUGAAAGGCUUGCAAAGAUUGAAAGCUUAGGAGUCGUUCCACAGUUAAAAAGCUUGAAGUUAACAGAUCUACCAAAUCUUCGAAGGAUUGGCUUUGAGCGAGACCCAAUUCUUCAAAGGAUAGAGUCAUUGGUUUUUCAAAAUUGUUCAAUAUUGAAAACCAUAGCACCUUGUAAUGUAUUUCUCUCACACUUGACAAAGCUUGAAGUGGUUGACUGUGAAAGAUUAGAAUAUUUAAUGUCACCAUCAACUGCUAGAAGUUUGGGUCAACUCAACACCAUGAAGGUAAUUAAUUGUGGAUCUCUUAAGGAAAUUGUGUCGGAGAAAGGACAAGGAAGAAAAGAAGAUAAUAAAGACAACGGUGACAUUAUUUUCAAACAACUGGGAACAAUUGAGCUCGUGUCUCUGAAGCACCUCAAAAGCUUUUGCAGCUCCAAGAAUUGUGCCUUUCAGUUCCCAACAUUAGAGAAAUUUGUGGUGAGUGCUGUCCCAAAUUGAAAAGUUUCUCCCAGCAAGAAGGCAUGGACACGCCA